AUGGUGGCCGAAGAGCGCCGCGCUGUCCACGAAGUCGAAGUGCUUGCCAACAUGACGUCCGAGACGACGCCGGGCCACGUCAACGUGUCGUUCAGCGACGAUGUGCUGGAGGCGGGCAUGGCGGCGAUGGCGAUUCUCGCAGAGAAGCACGCACCCGACUUUAUCUGGAAGGGCGGCGUGCACCUGCUCUCGCUCGUGGCCGUGACGUCGCCGCCCGCGAUCAAGGCCCAGUGCGCGCGCAUCUUGGCCAACCUCGCCACGUACCCUUGGCAACCGCACGACUUGGAGCGCGACGUCCAGCGCAUCCUCGUCCAAGAAGCCACGGGCGGGUCCCUCUUCUUUGACGAGAUCUGCCACUGGCGCGACGAGCCGAACGUCAACAUUCGUUCGAGCUACUACCGAGCCGCGACCAACCUCGCGGCGCUCCAAGCCUCGUCCGCCUCGGAGAAUUCGCCGCCGCCCGUGUACCGCGAAGGCAUCCACCCGAUCGUCGCGCAGUCGUCGGCGUCGUCGACGACGAUGCCGCCCGUCGACGUUGUCUUUGUUCACGGCCUGCGCGGCCACCCGUUUGGUACGUGGCGCUCGGACAUGGCGUCCACCGACAUGGUCAACAGCCCGAUCUGGCCCGAAGCGCUGCUAGCGCCGGACCUCUCGCCCGACUCGCGCCUUGUGACCUUGGGCUACGAGGCUGGCAUGGUCACGUGGAGCUCUCCGUGGCCGUCGCUGACGCUGCCGCAGCGUGCACAGAUCAUGCUCGAGGCGCUCGAGGCGGCGCGCAUCGGUCGCGCCAACGGGCCGCCCGUGAUUUUUGUGACGCAUUCGAUGGGCGGGCUACUCGUCAAGGAGAUGCUCGUGCUGGCCAAGGCGCAGGAGCGGUCGCUUGCGUCGCGCACCGCAGGCGUUGUCUUCAUGGCGGUGCCCCACUUUGGCGCCAACGUGAGCUCCAAUGUCAACGCGCGGGCGAUCCGCGCGCUCAUUCAAGCCCACCCGGCGACGAAGGAUCUCUCGGCGAACGCGCCCCACUUGCUCGCGCUGCACAAGGCGUACCAAGCGCUCCAGAUCCCGUCACUGAGCUUGGGCGAGGGCCAGCCCGCGCCGCUAGCGCUAGGCGUCCGGUCGAUGGUCGUCUUGCCAGACUCGGCCAACCCGGGCGGACCGCUGGAUGCGUUUCACCUCUUGUCAAACACGGAUCACAUGGACAUUUGCAAGCCGCAGACCGUCGACGACCCGCGCUAUACGCUUGUGAUCGACUUCCUGCGCGCGUGCGUGGCAUAA